CUAGUGCUUAAGCUAAUGAGUGCCUAGAAUAGUUUCUGUUUCCUCAUCACAAAAGAUCAAGCCCGAAGGAUGACGAAAGUUUCAGGAGAUGAUAUAAUUGGUAGAGCAGCAAUAGGAAUCGUUCCUGAGGAGCUCACUGAGGAGAACUAUGAGGAAUGGAAAAGAUGCUUGGAACAUUAUUUGGUCGGUCAUGGCCUUUGGGGUGUUGUUUCUGGAGAGGAGCAAGAUCCUAUAAACGAUGAGAGACAAGAAUAUGGAGAAGAAAAGAAACAAGAACAUGAGGAAUGGAGGAAGAAGAAUGCAUUGGCCUUACAUGCCAUCCAACUUUCGUGUGGACCGGGCACAUAUGUUAAACUUAAGGAAGCUCACACUUCUGCGGAAGUUGCAUGGAAGCAUUUGGUGGAAAAACUGAAGCCCAACAAAAUAUUGGCGGAAGGUGAUCCUGAAGAUGAAAGCAGCUGUGUUGAAGAAGAAGGAGGGAAGCAUUCAGCGAUUGCAGGACCAAAAGAGUACCUCCAUUAUGCGCCCUUGUACAUAGCAAUUGAAAAAGGCGAUCUUCAUCUCACAAAAAGUCUCCUUGAUCAAGAUCCAGACGCUGUUAGGGCCAUAAUUUCAUCACAUGGAGAAACUGCACUUCACUUUGCCAUUCUAAAUGGACACAUGAAAAUCGCAAAGGAACUGUUGAGGAGAAUGGAACAAGCAGACUUGGAAAUGGUUAAUGACUAUGGAUGCACAGCUCUUACUCUUGCUGCAAUCAGUGGUGAAAAAAAGUUGGCAAGGGCAAUCGUGAACAAAAAUGAUAGUCUACUUAGCAGGGAAAAUGAACUUGAUGAUGGGCAGCUUCCUGUCAUCGUGGCUGCUUUGUAUGGUCAAAAGCAUAUGGUUAAUUAUCUAUACUCGGUGACACCAAAGGGGCAACUACAUCCAGAGGUGGGCAAGAACGGAGCUACACUGCUUAAUUCCCUGAUUACGGCGGAAGUUUAUGAUGUUGCUUCAAUGCUACUUCAACAAUAUCCAAAACUUGGUGUCACCCCAGAUCAUAAUGGUGACUAUGCUCUCAAGUUACUGGCUCACAAGCCAUCUGCAUUUCCCAGUGGAACCAAACUUGUUUUCUGGAAAAGAUGGAUCUAUUCGUGUCUAAUGGAACAUUCUCCAUGGGGGAGUCCAACAGAUUCUGCUGGAGAUGAGAUAGCAAAUACAAAAAAAGCAAGCAUGAUUGGAGACCACAGCAUUGAGAUUCAUCAUUCUAGUGAUGGUGAGAAGAAUUUGACAGGGAAUCAAGGCCUAUGGAUUACUAGCUGUGUACUGAAGGUUUUGCAUGGACUCGGUUGGAGCAUAUUAAGAUGCCUCGGUCUGUGUCAUGACAGGAAAUUGAUUCAUAAAGAUGCCAUUCAACUCCUAACCUGUAUAUUUAAGGAAAUUGAGACAUUGAGCAUGAAAGAACUUGAAGAGAUGGACAUCGAUAAAAUUUUAUACGAUGCGAUUGAACAUGGAAUCGUCGAGUUCGUUGAAAAAACUUUCAAAUUUAGGACUGGAAUCAUAUAUAAAAGAGACAAAAAGGGCAGAACAAUUUUCUCACAUGCAAUUGUGCUUCGCCAAGAGAAAAUUUAUAGCCUUAUAUAUGCCUUGGGAACAAGAAAGAGCAUUCUAGCACGUAGGCAUGAUUUUUUCCAAAACAAUUUCCUACAUUUAGCAGCCAAGCUGUCUCCGUCGUCUCAACUUGACAAGGUUUCGGGAGCAGCUCUUCAAAUGCAAAGGGAACUACAAUGGUUUAAGGAAGUUGAGAGUAUUGUACAACCAAGGAUGAAGGAAGAAUUGAAUGCUAGUAAUAAAACGCCUUCCGCCCUCUUUUCUGAAGAGCAUAAGGUGUUGGCUAAGGAAGGAGAGAGAUGGAUGAAAAAUACAGCAGGAUCAAGCAUGAUUGUGGGAACUCUCAUUGCUGCAGUCAUGUUUACAACAGCUUUCACGGUUCCAGGUGGUAAUGAUAGUAAAACAGGGCUCCCUGUCAUGCUAGAAACUCAAUCAAGAGUAUUUUUGAUUUUUAUGGCAUCAAAUGCACUGUCGAUGUUCACUUCUUCAACAUCAAUUCUAAUGUUCUUGGGGAUUCUCACUGCACGUUAUGCAGAAGGAGAUUUUCUCAAGUCCUUGCCCACAAAGCUAAUAUUUGGAAUCACAUGCUUGUUUGUAUCGAUAGUCACCAUGAUGGCAUCAUUUGGUACUGCUCUAUAUCUGAUGCUGAUCGAACAAGUAGCUUGGAUUUCCUACCCAAUCAUAGCUUUCUCUGUUAUUCCAAUAGCUCUUUACUCAUUGUUGCAAUUCCCCCUUCUGGUUGAGAUGAUCGGUCGCACUUACGGACAUGGUAUCUUCGACAAACCUAAAAAGAAACUCGAUAGUUUUGAAACCUGAACUACUACUACAAUCUGAUCUCCAUUCUGCUGCUUAUCAUAACAUUCUGUAUUUCACUUCCAGUAGAUUGCUUCAAGAAGUUGCUUUUUACAUAAUCCUUCAGUGUAAUGCUUUAAAUAGAUCUUGUAGGCAACAUCUAGUUGUUUUGGCUCUUUCGUUUUGUUUCCAGCUUGUGCCCAGUUUGCGCUGGAAUUCUACGUAUUCCUUUGAUUCUAUGGAUUCCUUGAGCUAUCAAUAAAUCAUACCUAUGGAUUGCUUUU